AUGUUGACUACCGGUAUAUUAAUUAUUAUAUUUUUCAGCACAAUUUAUGUGUUAUUACGCUAUUCAACUGAAAAGAAAAGAUUUCCCGGUCCAAAACCGAAACGAUUUGUACCGAAUUUUCUCUUUUUCUCCAUUAUUAAACUACGUAAUGAAACCCGUCGAAAAUACCUGUUGAAACUUUUCUUUCCCGAAUCGUUUCACUACGUUGAACUAACUGUUCCAUUAGCAUCGCAAUAUUACACAUCUAAAUAUGGCGAUAUUGUUCAAAUAAAUCUUUUCAAUCAACCGACAAUAAUCAUAUCCAAUGCUGAUUUCGCUGAUUAUAUCUUGCGGCGAAAUGGAAAAAACUAUACACUAAGAUUUGGAAAUCAAUUAGGUUUAGCAUAUUUAGGAAUGGAACAUCGAGGAAUUAUUUGGAAUCGAAAUGUUCAACGAUGGAAAUACCAACGUGCGAAUUUCUUUCAAAAAUCCUUAAAUAGUAAAAUAUUAGNUGGGACAACGAUCUAA